UUCGAGACACGCUUAUGCGAAUCGCCGCACCACCAUUACCGCGGCAACUCGAGGCCAGCAAUGCUUCUCCAUUCCAUGGCGCACGUCAACACCGCCGCCGCCGCCGUGCAGCAUGCAGCCGUCGGCGCGGCUCCAAAUGCCGCUCCGAAGAAGAGCAGCAACACAGCCAGAUGCGACACCAGAAGGGCGUUUCUGCACGGCGUGUUGAUCGCUGCCGCCGGCGCCGGCACGCUGCUGGGCCACGUCGACGCCGCGCCGGCGGCUUCCAAGAGGCGGGCGCCACCGCCGGCGGAGGAGAAGGAGAAGAAGGACCCCAACAUGAGCGGCGUGCAGGCCAAAGUCAUGGCGAGCAGGAAGAGGAAGGAGGCCAUGAAGGAGGCCACGGCCAAGCUGAGGGAGAAAGGGAAGAAGCCUGCGGAUGCUGCCGCCCCGACUGUAGUAACCAAAACGCAGAUCAAAUCGGCAGCGGCCGUUGUAGAGUGAGUACAUGUGUGGCUGCUUCUGCGUGCAUCACUCGAUGCAUAUUUCCUUCUUUCCGGAAAAAGAUUACUCGUUCUUGACAAGCACAUAGUACUAUAUACUAAAGAUCAUAUGUUAGGAAAAAAAAACACAUGUUCAUUUCAUGAUUAUAUAUUGUUUUUCUUGUGAUA